AUGAGGACCGGCGUCCUGCGCGACGCGACCAACGCGGGAGGCGGAGGCGCGACCUCGAAAGGCGACGCCCGCGACUUCCCCGGCAGCGCCAUCUGGACCCGCUUCGCCCGCGCCGUCGUUGCCAGGCGCAACGGCACCGGCGAGCCGUUCUCGUGCAAAUUCGGCUUCGACCCGUACGAGUCCUGCCCGCGGAGCUCCCUCCGCACCAUCAACGGCCGCCCCGCCGGCUUCCCGGGCCUCAGAAUCGGAUACGUCGACAUCGGUGUUCCGGUGCCGUUUUCUACCCUGACUCAUCUGUCGGGCUUCGCGACCGCAACAGCAGCGGGCGACGGAGACGCUGAUCCAUCGGGGAGCGAGCCGCGGGCGCCGGAGUACGUCAGCGGCGAUCUGGUAUCGCAGUCGGAGUCCUUCCGCGACAAUGUUCAGUACCUCGCGAACCGCGCGACGCAACACGAGCUGGGCCUGCUGGUCGACGUGGAGCCGGUGCUGCGGCGGGUGCAUCUGUCCGGCGCCGCGGGGGACCUGGGGGAGCCCGGCGACCACAGGGGGGGGGUUUUGGGCACCAUGGUGCUUGUUCUACCCACCGAGGACCGCUCGUACGGGGGGGAGCUGGUCGUGAAGCACGCGGGGUGGAAGAGGAAGAUGCGGACCGGUGUUUGGCCACGCGAGCACUUCGACGGGACCGACGCGUGCUGCUGUGCGUUCCUUGCGGGAUGUACGCACCACCUCGAGGCUGUGGAGACCGACCAGCGCGUGCUGCUCGUGUACGACCUGGUGGACGCGACUCCGAGGGAAGACGCUGCUGUGGACGCGGAGGCGUCGGCGUGCGCGGGCGAUGCCACGUCAGCGCCGGAGACCCCCGGGACGUGGGGGGGGGUCCUGCGCGACAUCACGCGGGUCUGGAGCGACGUGGCGCUCCGUGCGGACCCGCCGGCGGACGUGCCGCAGCGCCUGGUCGUGCCGCUCGAGCACGCGUACUGCUCCAAGACCCCCCCCGUCGGUGCCGACGCGCUGCGUGGGAAGGACGCUGUCGUGGCGCGGAUGCUGAUGGGCGUCGAGGGGCUGGAGGUGGCCGUGGGGCGCGCGACGACGACCCUGGGCUUCAGGAUUGACAGGGAGGGGGAGAGCUGUUGGGAAUGCGCGGAGCUCGGGUUCGGGACCUGGAAUUGCAUGUGCGGGGGUCAAGAAGACCUGCUGUCGAAGUAUGAAGACGAGGAUCUGUACGGCGAGGAAGUCCUCGAGGAACACUACGGCCACUACGUCCGGGAAUCCGAGCGCGAAAUCGUCGGCGAAAACGAGCUCUACGGCAUGGACUUGAGCGACCGCGAACUGAUUGUAGAACGCGAGGAGUCCUGGAGCUCUCUGCGCGACGGACGGCCGCGAGGCGGUGGCCGCAGCAGCAGCAACGUCGUCCCCGCGCGGGAGGUGCUGCCUCCGACCGGCGGGCGCAUCGGCACGUUGAACUGGCGCGAGCAACGAGCGGAGAAUUUGAACGACGACGACGCCGACGAGAUCGUGUACAUCGAGCACACGUACACGCGCUGGCUGCUGCAGCUGCGCCCGCGCAUGUGCAGCGUGGACCAGGCGCGGCGCCUCGCGCUCGCCGACGCGCUCGCGGACGUGCGCGCGCAAGUCGACGGCGACGUCGCCACCCUCGCGCCGGAGCGCUACUCGCAGGCCUGUGCGAUGCUGCGCGUGCUCGUCGAGCGCGCGACGAGGGACAGGAAGUACAUGGACGACGCUCUGCAGUGCGCGUGCCUCGCGGGCGACGCGGAGGCCACCGUGCGUGUGCUGGCGGCAAUUGAUUGGGCACAGUCGGGCCAGGCGCGCGACCUCGUGGACCCCGCGUCGGUGGCGGACGCAGUGGAACGCUUCGGCUGGGACGCGCUCGAGGGCGCACUGAGGGGGCUCAUCGCCCGCAGCUGCGCCGAGAAAAGCAGACACCCCCUUUGCUGGGGUCACGCUCAGCGCGAUUGCGAGAGAGGUGCACUCAACUGCCUCGCCCUGGCCAGCGCACUGCUCGACCGCAGGGUGCCGCAGGCCUCGCGGGCCUGUGCGACCGUGAUCGAGCUCCAAACUAGGGACCCAACGCCGGCAGUCAUCUGUGGCAUCACCACGGCAGCUGCGCGGCUGGAGCGCUUCGGGACGGUCCAGGCGGUCGCUGCAUGGCUCCAGCGGUGUCUCGACCUCGAUAAUCCGGCCGUGUCCGCAGCACCAAGGCCCUGGGUGGCGUAUAUAUCAAAGCACGAGUCUGACGCCGCUGCUUUCGAGGCGCUGGCGCGGCUCGCGCGGUUCGCGUACUGCCUCGAGGACCUCGCGAAGGCGGCGCUCCUCCGCCGACUGGACCUCUCGGCCGUCACGGCCAUUCUCGGCACCCUGCAACCCGACGACGCGUCCGUGGAGGUGUGGCGCGUGCAGCUCGUCGCGGCUCUCGAGACGGAGCUCGCGGCGGGCCGUGCGUGCGACCCGGCGACGCGGCCGGACGGGUGGGGCGUGCGCGGCGCCACGAGCGCCGACGGCGACAUUCCCCAGAACUUCCUAGAAGCAGACAGCGAGGACUGCGUCAUUCUGCGCGGGAAACUCGAUCCUCCGAGCCUCAUCACGGCGAGGCGCAGGGCGGGGUCCCUGAUGGCGCGCUGCCCGCUGCUGUGGGCCGAGGGCGUCGGAAGGGGCCGCGACGCGGGCGUGCUUGUCCGCAAGACGCCGCGCUGGGUCCAGACCGAGGGGAACCGGAGCCGGCUGCGAGAGAUCGAAGAGCUGGAGGAGGGGUUCGGGAUCGCAGGCACGCCCGGGACCGUGGCGGUGGAGGCGGCUGCGCCUGAGGCAGCGGACGUCCGGCGCAGCAAGCGCCGCCGGCGCGCGCCGGUGAUGGACAGCUUCGUCGUAUCAUGA